AUUAUGCGCCAUUUCCGUGUAAACGAAAAAGCUAAAGCCUGCAAAAAGAGGAAAGACUCGUCGAGUCGACCCACCCAGACUUUGUUCAUUUUCUCAUUUCUGUUUCCCGCUCACUUUUCUUCUACUUCCUUUCCUUUUCUUUGCUUUUUAUAUACUCACAGUGUCUCUUCCUAUCAUUCUCACUGCCAUUAACGCCAGAGACUGGAGCCGGAUAAGAAAAAGAUAAUCUAUGGAGGGCGACGCAGGAAAAGAUUUGGGAUGCCAGAAGACUAUGGAUGGGAAGGCGAGUAAUAGGAAUGGUUCUGCGAAGAAAAUCCCUUCUUGUUGCUUGAAAGCUAAGGCGUCAGCGCCUGAGCUUGAGGCCAAAUGCCACUCCACUGUUGUUUCUGGCUGGUUUACAGAAUCUCAGUCUCUCCCUGAUAAAGCUGGCAAAAAAGUUUUCUUCAACAACCCAAUGUGGCCUGGAGAAGCACAUUCUUUGGAAGUGAAAAAUAUUUUAUUCAAGGGAAAAUCAGAAUACCAAGAGGUCUUGGUUUUUCAGUCAUCAACAUAUGGGAAGGUGCUUGUUCUUGAUGGAAUUAUUCAGCUGACUGAGAAAGAUGAAUGUGCCUACCAGGAGAUGAUAGCUCAUCUUCCCCUUUGUUCGCUUCCAUCUCCAAAAACUGUUCUAGUUGUUGGUGGUGGUGAUGGUGGUGUUCUUAGGGAGAUUUCUCGUCACAAUUCUGUAGAGCUUAUUGAUAUAUGUGAGAUAGAUCAGAUGGUUAUAGAUGUUUCUAAGAAGUUUUUUCCAGAGUUGGCUGUUGGAUUUGAGGACCCUCGUGUCCAAGUGCAUGUUGGUGAUGCUGUUGAAUUUCUCCGGAAUGCACCUCCAGGAAAAUAUGAUGCAAUUAUUGUUGAUUCGUCAGACCCUGUAGGUCCUGCUCAAGAGCUUGUAGAGAAGCCAUUUUUUGAGACAAUUGCUAGAGCAUUAAGACCUGGUGGUGUCCUCUGCAAUAUGGCAGAAAGUAUGUGGCUCCAUACACACCUAAUUGAAGAUAUGAUCUCUAUCUGCCGGGAAACGUUCAAGGGUUCUGUCCAUUAUGCUUGGGCGAGUGUUCCAACUUACCCAAGUGGUGUGAUUGGGUUUCUAGUAUGCUCAACAGAGGGUCCUCCUGUUGAUUUCGUCAAGCCCAUCAAUCCCAUCGAAAAGCUAGAAGGAGCUCCCAAGCAUAAAAGAGAACUUAGGUUCUAUAACUCAGAGAUUCAUUCUGCUGCGUUUGCUUUGCCGUCAUUUCUGAGAAGGGAGGUGAACUUACUUCGUGAUCCCCCAACUGCAAUACAACAAAUCUGCAUUUCUUAAACAACGUAUAGUUGUCCUCUGUUGAUUUAUUCUGAUAAGUGCGAUUAAUUUAGUAGUGUUGGAGAUAGUCUAAUAGGGCGAUUACUACAUUUGUAAUGAAAAUGAAGAAAUAUGCCAUAACCACUGCCGUUUGAGGAUUUAGUGAGAGGAUUUUAUUCUAAGUAUGUGUCAUCAUGGUCUCGUCCGAUAACUAAUAGAUGGCCGAUUAUAAUAUACUAGUUUGUGUUGGUCAUUUUAUUUUGUGGAUGUUAAAUG